AUGCGUCAGAGCACUCGAAGCAUAAAUAGGAAGAACAAUACUUCACUUUGCGGCGCGGUUUGGCGAUGCCACCUUGGGAAGCUGAUGCAAAAGUAUCUCAACGAGACAGGAGUUGCUAAGAUAGACGAAACGGAUGAUGAGGGCAAGACGCCGCUGUACAUGGCGGUCACAAACGGGAACCUGGGCAUGGUCAAGGCAAUACUGCGGCUUUUUCGAAAUCACAAGAAGACGAGCGGAGCCGGUACAUCCUUGACGAAGAAAGAAGAAUCUGGUGGGGGUACGCCGCUACACCGAGCAAUGGAGCUCAACGACGAAGCAAUGAAGAAGGUGAUGCUUCUCCAUCUCGAGCAAACGGAGGAUAGCGCGGCCCUGGAGAUCCCAGACGGCCAGGGUGUGGCACCGCUGCACUACUUGGCCGCUUUUGCCAGUGAGGCACACAUGGAGCUGAUGCUGAAGCUUCUCGAGAAGACGAGCGAUGAGGCCUUGGUGAUGCGAGACGCACGCGUUGAUACGCCGCUACACUGGAUGGCACGGCAGAACAAGUAG